AUGAUCGAGGAGCCUGAGCCAUGCUCCGGCGGCACGGUGGCCGUGGAGAUGGACGUGGUGGUGGAGACAGCCGAGGCUGUGGAAGAGUCGUCACAGCUGUCGCCAUCGCCCUCGAACGCGACAGUUCCGCUGCCAAAGAGCCCCGCAGCGCGCUCAUGGCUCAGCAGUGUCCGCCGCCCACGAACCUCGCCAGGGCCCAAGACGACGUCUGCCUUCAAGCGGGCGCUGCUGCUGGGGGACGGCGAUGAUCGCAGGGACUCUGCCUUGGCCUCGUCCAGCUGCACCGCCACCGACCAUGACAAGUCACCGCCCAUCAGCCUCCGCAGGACCCCAAGCCUGCCUGCCAUUGUGGUCCAAGAUGCGCCUUCACUGCUCUCGCAGUCACAGAGGAGCCGCAGAAGCCAUGCCUCGCAGCACCUGCAUGAUGUCGAUGACGACAACGACGACGAGAACUUUGCUGGCAUCGACACGAUCAUCCCCACAGGCAGCCUCGACGACCUCACCUCAGACACGCAAAUCUCCUUCUCCAAGCGGGGCAGCAUCAUGCUGGGCGGUAAGAAGGCCAACAGACGGAGCAAGCACGUCGACCUGCGUGUGGAAGGAGCAUCCUCGCCAUGCACUCCAGUGACCCCACCACGACAACCCGAGCAGGCGCAGCCCAGCACCCAGCAGGAACGCACGCCGUCCUCUGCCCAUUAUCUAUCCCCGCGAUCGCUGUCACGAUACUCGACACGGGGCCGGUCGGCCAGCCACCGUGUACUGUCUACGGAUGAGAUGGCGCUGUCGCGGAAGGUGCGCAUCAUGUACGAGCAUGGGAAUGAGAGUGCUGUCAAUUGGGAUGCACCAGAUGGGGAUUCCAACAGCACGCGGGACAGUGUGGCCGACAACAGCAGUGUGGCGGACACGACAGUCAUGACAUCGGCUCUGACCGUAGAUGCGAACAACGAGGACACGAGCUCCGUCUACAGCUCCAGGCAUGCCAGUCUCAUCUCCAAGGAACCCACCGAAGCAGCUGGCGGGCUCGAGGACUGGGCUGACCUCGAAGGGGGAGAGGUCGAUCGCUAUGGCUUCAUCAUACCAAGUAAGACGCGGCGCACGAAUGGAGUGUCUGGGGAUGGCUUGGAAGGACCAGACGUGCCGCGAAUGCAGCGUGUGAGCACGACACUGCAACUGGUGGCCAAAGAGCCCAGACGCACAACCUUUGGCCGCAGCCCAUCGAGAGCGCGCUCCAAUGACCCACACUCACCAUCACCCAGACGGCGCGCCUCGCUCAAAUCCCUCAAGCAGGCCAAGUCCUCCAUCUUCUCGAACCAGACCUCGGCCACUCGCAGCACGCGCAGGCCAUUGCGACAUGCCACCAACAUCCUACCCCACAACAGAGACCGUCGUCUGAGAGAUGAGGCGAGCAACAUGCUCAAACUUCCGCCUGGCCUGGCUGAAGUCGCAGAGCAGCAGGAAGGAGGCAAGACUGCCCAGGCAAUGAAGGCAAAGGAGAUUCAGCGAAACGAAAAGUGGCGGAAAAUGGCAAAGGUGGUCAAGGCAGGCGCGGACCAGGGAGGCAUGCUAUUUGAGUUCGAUACCAAAGACCCGAAACUGAUCUCUCGCACGUGGAAAGGAAUUCCUGACCGAUGGAGGGCCACCGCAUGGUACUCGUUUCUCGCAGCCAGUGCGAAAGCAGACGAGAACAGCCCGACCGAGGAAGAUUUGAUCACGAGCUUCUACGAGCUACAGGCGGAGAGUUCGGCAGAAGAUGUACAAAUCGAUGUGGAUGUGCCGCGAACAAUCAACAGACACAUCAUGUUCAGGCGCCGAUAUCGUGGAGGACAGCGGUUGUUAUUCCGAGUACUCCAUGCCAUGUCUCUCUACUUGCCCGAUACAGGCUACGUGCAGGGCAUGGCAGCACUUGCAGCCACCCUGCUUUGCUACUAUGAAGAGGACCGCGCAUUCGUUAUGCUGGUUCGUCUAUGGAUGCUCCGAGGCCUGGAGAGACUUUACGAAGCUGGCUUUUCAGGACUCAUGGAAGCUCUGGAUGACUUUGAACAGAAUUGGCUGUGCGGAGGGGAUGUGGCCAAAAAGUUGGAGGAGAUGAGCAUCACCUCAACUGCCUAUGGGACCAGAUGGUAUUUGACACUGUUCAACUACUCUCUCCCGUUCCCGGCUCAGCUACGCGUUUGGGACGUGUUCAUGUUGUUGGGAGAUAAGUCAUAUUCGAAUUCGCCAACCUCCAACUUCAGUGGAGACCUAGACGUACUGCAUGCCACUUCCGCCGCCCUAAUCGACGCCACAAGGGAGAUCCUACUUGAUUCGGACUUUGAGAAUGCCAUGAAGGUGUUGACAUCCUGGAUUCCAAUCAAGGACGAAGAACUGUUGAUGCGCGUGGCGAAGGCCGAAUAUAGGAUGAGGAAGAAGCGAGCCAAUGCGUGA